AUGCGCAACUUUCUCAUCAGCUCGUUGCUGGCUCUAGCCACCGGCUCCAGUGCGGCAGCGAAGGAGAGCUGCAAAUGCUUUCCUGGUGACUCUUGUUGGCCUUCUGAUGCCGAAUGGAGUCGCCUCAACAGCACAGUCGGAGGUCGUUUGGUGGCCACUGUACCCUUGGGCAGCCCUUGUCAUGAUCCCACCUACAAUGCCGAAGAGUGCAAAAAUUUGCAGAGCGAAUGGCACUACUCCUCAGUCCAUACCCAGUCGUCUUCAUCUAUGAUGGCUCCUCUCUUCGCUAACCAAAGUUGUGACCCCUUCCAACCUAGAGACAAACCUUGUACUCUGGGCAACUACGUCCGAUAUGCGGUCAAUGUCACGUCGGCUGAGGAUGUUACCACUGCCGUGAAGUUUGCCCAGAAGAAAAACAUUCGAUUCGUUAUUCGCAAUACCGGCCAUGACUACCUGGGUCGUUCAACGGGCGCCGGAGCUCUUUCCGUCUGGACUCACUACCUGAAAGGCACUGAAGUCAUCGAUUGGAAAGACGAGCAUUACAAAGGCAAAGCUCUCAAGGUCGGUGCUGGAGUUCAAGGCUUCGAGGCUUUAGCUGCUGCGCAUGCCAAGGGUCUUGUCGUCGUGACUGGAGAAUGUCCAUCUGUGGGUCUUGUCGGAGGAUAUACGCAAGGCGGCGGCCAUUCUGCUUUGAGCACCAACUUUGGCCUAGCAGCAGAUAACACCCUCGAGUUCGAGGUUAUUACCGCUGAUGGAAAGCUGGUCAAGGCAAACAGAAGCCAGAACAGUGACCUUUACUGGGCUCUCAGCGGCGCGGGCUCUGGAAACUAUGGAGUUGUAGUCUCUGCCACAGUACAAGCUCACCCAGAAGCCAAGGUCAGCGGCGCCAGCUUUCUUAUUACAGCGCCUGAGGGUCACCCAGCCCUGAUCUACGACGCCAUUGAUGCUUUCCACGCUGCUCUCCCAAAGAUUGUUGAUUCAGGUGUCAUGAUCAUUUACUUCUUCGGCAACUCGUUCCUCCAAAUCCCCGCUUUGACAGCCUACGGUAAAACUGAAGCAGAGGUCAAGAAAAUCCUGAAACCUUUGGCUGAUUCUCUCGCUGCUCUGGGUCUCAAGUUCGAGCCAACCUUUACCAAUUUCUCGAGCUACUACGAGCAUUACGAUCAUUAUUGGGGACCUCUCCCUGCUGGGAAUAUCCAGAUCGGAACUCAGAUAUUUGGUGGACGUUUGCUACCUCGCAACAAGGUCGAUGAGUUUGCACCUACCGCAAGAAAGCUGGCCGGAAUGGGAGUCACCUAUAUCGGUGUCGGACUCAACGUAUCAAAGUUCGGUGCCAACAGUGGCAACUCGGUUCUACCGCAAUGGCGAGACUCUCUUGUAAUGGUAUCUUUGACUCUUCCUUGGGAUAAUGAAGCUCCCUGGGAAGAAAUGUUGGCCGCUCAGAGGAAGAUGACUGAGGUCGUCCAGCCUGUCAUUGAGGCCGCGACACCAGGUGCUGGAGCUUACAUCAAUGAGGCUGAUUUCCAACAGCCAGACUGGCAGGACACUUUCUAUGGCGCCAACUAUGAUAAGCUUCUGCAGAUCAAGAAGAAGUAUGAUCCGAAGCAUUUGUUCUAUGCUACGGUGGCAGUUGGAAGCGAACAGUGGGAUGUUGCUGAGGAUGGACCCAGGCUAUUCGAAUAUCUUUAG